AUCGGUCUGAACUGGAUGGUUUAUGUAGACCUGAAUCUAAGAGUGCUGAGCUUGUGGCUCCGUUGGGGACUCCACAGAGAGGAGGAUGACUGGCAAGACUCAGACCAGCAACGUGACAAACAAGACAGAUCCUCGCUCACUCCACUCCAGAGUUUUCAUCGGUAACCUAAACACCACCGUGGUGAAGAAGUCUGAUAUUGAGCUCAUCUUUGCCAAGUAUGGCAAAAUCACAGGCUGCUCAGUGCACAAGGGCUUUGCCUUCGUCCAGUACGCCAGCGAGAGGAACGCCCGCUCUGCUGUGGCUGGAGAGAAUGCCAGGGUCAUCGCCGGACAGCCUCUGGAUAUCAACAUGGCGGGAGAGCCUAGACUGUACAGGCCGAAGGUAGGCCUAAAGAGGCCUCUCUCAGCUUUGUACAGCGGCUAUGGGUUUGACUAUGACUUCUACAGGGAUGAUUUCUAUGGCAGGCUGCUGGACUUCCACGGUCGAGUGACAGUACCCCCUCGGGCCGUGGUGCCUGUGAAGCGUUCCCGUCUACUCAUGCCCUCGACACGCAGGGCGAAGCCUUCUCAACCUCCUAAGGGGUCUUCCUGCUUUUCCCCCACAAGAGCACUCACCUCUAGCUCCUGCUCUGGCACCAAGGUAAAAUCGGACCAGCUGCUGACCAUCAAGCGAGAGCUGUUGCAGAUCAAGGCCAAGAUAGAUUCUUUGCUUGGCUGGCUGGAGAAGAUAGAAAGGCAGCAUUUAGCAGAGACAGUUCCCCAUAGAAAGUGUGAUGAUGUCUAUCCAUCUCUGCAUAAUGAAACAGCGCAUCGUUCCGCAGAGGAAGCAGACGGGGAGCAUUUGGAAGGAGAGUGUGGUGAAAUGACAGAUAGAGAUGAGGAUGACUAUGAUGAUGAAGGCAAUGACAAACUGAUGGAAAACCACUUAUCUGAUGUGGACAACUGAAUACGAGGUGAAAUUAAUACGGACAUUUGAAAGGACCUGUGACAGUCACCAUUUCUCAGAAGGAUCGUUCUUACUGGCCCUAGAGGACGUACAGAUGGCGUAAUACACAAGCUCAAGAGAAACUGCAGCUCUACAUGAUGAUCUCUGAUAUGGCAUGUAUUUGCGACAAUGUGCUUUACUGGUAUUUUGUACACACCUAAGACUGAAUGCUGUCAGAGGGUAAUUGUGAAUACAUUUUGUAACUAGCCUAUCAUCUUGUAAGUAUAUGUACUUUAUUUGCUACCACAAACAUUUGUACCAUUCAGUGCUAUUAUGCAGGGGUAGAAAAUAUACAGAGAAAUUGUACGUAAUGACAGCCUGAUAUUGAAACUGAGCUUUUUUACCUUGUUAGUUCAGGUACCUGGUGAUAUAAAAGGACCAUUCUGACCAAAAUGAAAAAUGUAACCAUUAUUACGUCUGUUUUUGAAAAAGCUUAGUUUCAUCCUACAGUGGUGCCAAAAUGAGAUUUUCCAGUUUAAAGACUAGGUGAACCCCCUUCUGAUGCGUUUUGAAGGGGAGAAAAUGUUGAAAAAC